GUACCUGGCGGAACACAGCCACUCUCUGGAGGCCACGGCGGUGACAGUGACUGUCCUGGAUGGGCAGAGCCUGGCCAUCAGCACCUUCAGGAAGCUGGACGGGAUGUGCUGGGAAAUCCGGCAGCGCUACCUCCCUGCCCAGGGCCCCGGACGCUUCCUCCUGAAGGGCCGUGGCUAUGGCAGUAAGGUGGAUGUGGUAGUGGGCGAGACGGACCACCGCAGCUACGCCAUCCUCUAUUUCCAGAAGGGCCGGAGCAUCUCCGUCAAACUCUAUGGACGGACCAGCCGGGUCAGUGAUGCUGUUGCGGACAAGUUCGAGCAGCGCGCCAGGGCUGUGGGCCUGAGCGAAGACCUGACCUACUACUUCCCCACAUACGGGUUUUGUGACUCUGCAGAUGAGUUUCACAUCCUUGAUG